AUGGAAGCAUUCACUCUAAGCGCAGGUGAAUCCUCUUCUUCUCCUGGCAGUUCAAGUUCAUUCACAAGGUUAUGCACUUACCAUGUCUUUUUGAGUUUUAGAGGAGAUGAUACACGCAAAGGAUUCACCGAUCAUCUAUGUGCUUCCCUCGAAAGAAAAGGGAUCACAACUUUCAGAGAUGACAAAGAUCUUGAGAGAGGACAAGUCAUUUCACAAAAGCUAAUCGAUGCAAUUCAAGAUUCUAUGUUUGCCAUCACCAUUCUUUCACCCGAUUAUGCUUCUUCCACUUGGUGUUUGGAUGAGCUUCAAAUGAUCAUGGAGUGCAGCAGCAAUAACAACCUUCAAGUUUUCCCAGUCUUCUAUGGUGUAGACCCGUCUGUUGUGAGGCAUCAAAGAGGAUACUAUGAGGAGGCUUUCAGAAAACAUCAAGAGAAAUUUGGUCAACACAGUGUUAGGGUUGAAAAAUGGAAAGAUGCUUUGAUUCAAGUUUCCAGUUACUCUGGAUGGGAUUCCAAGGACCAGCAUGAGGCAUUACUAGUGGAACACAUUGCUCAACACAUACAUAGAAAGUUGGUUCCUAAAUUGCCAUCUUGCACAGCGAACCUUGUUGGGAUUGCUUCCAAGGUGGAGGAAGUGAACAAGUACAUAGGUAUGGGGUUGAAUGACGUUCGUUUUAUAGGCAUAUGGGGUAUGAGUGGCAUAGGUAAGACAUCUAUUGCAAGAGCAGUCUAUGAAGCAAUCCAAUGUACAUUUCAAGUUCCUUGCUUUCUUGAAAAUGUUGGAGAGGCAUCUGAGCCAAAGGGUGGUUUAGUUCAGGUGCAAAGACAACUUCUUUCUCAUUUGAGUAUAAGUAGGAAUGAUUUUCAUAAUUUGUAUGAUGGGAAGAAAACAAUACGAAACUCUUUAUGCAGAAAAAAGGUUCUCCUUGUUCUUGAUAAUGUGAAUGAUGUAAACCAACUGGGGAAUUUGGCUGGGAAACAAGAUUGGUUUGGUCCAGGAAGUAGAGUAAUAAUCACAACUACAGAUAAACACCUGCUAUUGAAUCACGGAGUACAUAACAUUUAUGAGGUUGGAAUGCUAUCCCAAAAGGAAGCCCUUCAUCUCUUUUGCUUAAAAGCCUUUAAAGGAGAUAAACCACAAGAAGGGUAUUUGGAUUUGUCCAAAGAAGUGGUGGACUAUACUGGUGGUCUUCCAUUGGCACUUGAGGUGUUAGGUUCCCAUCUUUAUGGAAGAAAUGUUGAUCUUUGGCAUAGUGCUCUUAAAAAUAUAAGAAGUGCACCUCCACGUGAAAUCCAAGAUAAACUGAAAAUAAGUUAUGAGAGUUUAGGCACCAUGGAGAGGGCUAUAUUUCUAGAUAUUGCCUGUUUCUUCAAGGGAAUGAAAAGAGAUAAAGUAAUAGAUAUAUUAGAAAAUUGUGAUUAUAGCCCCCAAAUUAUAAUUCAAGAUUUGAUUGACAGAUCUUUGGUAACUCUAGAUCGGGUGAAUAAUAAACUGGGAAUGCAUGACUUGCUUCAAGAAAUGGGCAGGAAUAUUGUUUUUCAGGAAUCUCCUAAUGAACCUGGGAGACGUAGCAGGUUAUGGUGUAAAGAGGACAUUGAUCACGUGUUGACGAAAAAUAAGGGAAGCAAAAAAAUUAGCAGUAUAGUCCUCAACUUACUCCAACCAUAUGAAGCUCGCUGGAGCACCGAAGCAUUCUCAAAGGCAAGUCAGCUAAAAUUGCUCAUCUUAAAUGAAGUGCAACUUCCCCUUGGCCUCAGAUUCCUUCCUUGUUCGUUGAAAGUUCUUCGUUGGAGAGGAUGUCCUUUGAAGACUCUGGCACAAACAAAUCAACUUGAUGAAGUUGUUGAUGUUAAAUUAUCUCAUAGCAAAAUUGAACAACUUUGGCAAGGAAUAAAUUUUAUGGAAAAGCUGAAGUACCUGAAUAUGAAAUUUUCCAAGGACCUAAAGAGAUUGCCUGAUUUUUCCGGGGUUCCAAAUCUUGAAAAAUUGAUUCUUAAAGGCUGCACAAGCCUAACUGAGGUUCAUCCAUCCCUUGUACACCACCAGAAAGUUGUUCUGGUGAAUUUAGAAGACUGCAAAUGUCUUGAAGCUCUUCCAGAGAAAUUGGAGAUGAGUUCCCUGAAGGAGUUGAUUCUUUCUGGCUGCUGCAAAUUUAAAUUCCUUCCAGAGUUUGGAGAGGGCAUGGAAAAUCUAUCAAAGCUUGCUUUACAAGGAACAGCUAUAAGGAAACUACCCUCAUCACUUGGCUGCCUUGUUGGGCUUGUUGCUUUGAACUUAAAUGACUGCAAAAGUCUUGUUUGUCUUCCAGAUACUAUUCAUGGAUUGAAUUCACUCAAAAUUCUGGACAUUUCUGGGUGCUCAAAGCUCUGUAGAUUGCCAAAUUGUUUGAAGGAAAUUCAGUGUUUGGAGGAACUCCAUGCCAAUGAUACUGCUAUUGAUGAACUACCUUCCUCCAUCUUUUCUCUAUAUAAUCUUAAAUUAAUAUCAUUUGCUGGGUGCAAAGGGACGUUGAUCAAGUCAACGAACCAAUUUAAUCCCUUCAAACGGAUGCAACCGUGUCAACCACCUCCCAUUGGAUUCAGAUUUCCACAUUAUAUUUCUAACCUGCCCUCUUUGAAACAUAUAAACUUAAGCUACUGUGAUCUUUCUGAAGAAUCAAUUCCUGAUUAUUUUUGCCAAUUAGCAUCACUAGUGUCUCUGGAUCUAACUGGCAACAAUUUUGUUACCAUACCAAGCAGCAUUUCUAAACUUCCAAAGCUGGAACUUCUUACUCUAAAUUGCUGUAAAAUUCUUCGAUCGGUGCCAGUUCUUCCAUUUGGUAUAAUGCAAUUGGACGCAAGCAACUGCGAUUCACUGGAAACUACCAAAUUCAAUCCAGCAAAACCAUGCAGUCUCUUUGCAUCACCAAUAAAAUUGUCCUUACCGCAACAAUUUAAGAGCUUUAUGCAGGGACGUUGUCUCCCUACUACAAGAUUUGACAUGCUUAUCCCUGGGAGUGAAAUUCCAUCUUGGUUUUCUCCUCAAAGAUCUGUUUCCUGGGCAAAGCUACACACCCCUUGUAAUUUCCAUCAAGAAGAAUGGGUAGGAAUUACUUUGUGUUUCCUAUUAGUGAGUUAUGCUGUCCCUCCUGAAUUGUGCAAUCAUGAGAUUGACUGUUAUUUGAUUGCAUCAAAUGAUAAGAAGUUGAUCAGCACAAGGAAAUUACCUUGUAUGGAUCCAAGUUAUCCUCACCUUUAUAUUCUCUACUUGUCCAUUGAACAAUUUCGCGACAAAAUUCUCGAUGAGGAUUAUUGGGACGACAUUGAAUUUGAGUUGAAGUGUUACUGCUGUGAUUCAUUGAAAAUAUUGAGGAGUGGCUGCCGCUUGGUGUGCAAGCAAGAUGUUGAAGUAUUUCAAGCUCAUACAGUUGGUCCUUGA